GUAUGACAUAUGAGUCACCUAAAUAAGGAUUUUCUUUAAGUACAUAACAAUACGAGUGAUAUUUACUUAUUAAGGAUUUACCACUAGCAAGUGGCACUAGGCCUAAACAUUUUCAUUGCAGAGUGGCCAUGUUGUCGGCCAUCUUGUUUACUUGUGCUUCAAUCGCUAUUGGCCAGGAAAUUAUGCCAACCUUACUUAUACUGAAUUCUACACAGCAAGCACAAUGCCAAAGUGGACCCGGUUUGAUACAGCACGAGGAAGAUUGUUGCCACUUUGUUCUUUGUGAAGAACCGCGUGGUAUGUCAGACCGAGGCUGGGUAUUUGAAUGUGCAUACGGGACAGUAUGGAAUCCAACUGCUUGCGCAUGCGUGUUGCCAGAGCAAAAUCCUUACUGCGACAUUACUGCAUGUCCAACAAGUAUAAAAAGAACAACAAAGCCAUGCCCGCCAGUUGACACGAUUAAUGCUACAGAACAAUGCUGUCUUGAAAGUAAUGGAAUUGUUUUUACGUCAGUGAAUGCCACCUCGUACUAUAAAGAUAAUGAAACGGAAAUACAAUCUUGUCCAAUAGGACAAGUGUUUUUGGUGGACGAUUGUUGUUGUGAAGGCGAUACCUUUACUGCUCCAAACUUCUGUAUGCAGUUUAACUUUGAUGGUGACCCACCUUCCCUCCCAGACGAAAUUGAUCAAAGUAAUAAAUCGAUUACAAACCUCUUGAACUUCAUCAGCGUCACAGACACGGUGUUGGAGACAGUUCCGUUAUCCAACCGAUACGGAGUUCAAUUCAAACAAGGUGCUCGCCUUGCGAUUCCGCAUUACAAUGGCGCGUGGUUUGGCCACAAAUUCACGAUAUCAUUUGACUUUAGGCUGGAAGAUAUCACUAGAGAUACCUUGAUCCUACACAAUGGCGACGAAGAUGGCGUCGGUGCUAGCAUCAAAAUCGAAUUCAUAUCAUGUCCAGAGGGACUCUUUAUCGCAGCGGGCGUAUGUGGAUGUGACAGGGUUGAAGAUAUUGUUGAAGAAAUUGAUAGUAGGUAUAUGAAUGGAGACUGGGGAAACAUUGUAUUCAGGUAUGAUGACGGGACGUUGAACCUUAACGUUGUCAAGUACGAUGGAACUCCAGGAAGCGUCUCAACCAUAAACCUUCUUUCAAAAGAGGUAGAUGAACCAGAUCCAUUAAAACUGGGACAGCUUCAGAAGCUUGUUAAACAAUACAACGCACGUGUUCAAGACGAAAUUGUAUCAAUCAAGAGUGACAUCGCCACGUUGAAAAUAGAUGAACCAGACAGAGCAACCGAUCUUGAAGAGAUCGAGCAAUGUCUUGAGGAAUUACAAGGCAGCUUGGGCAGUUUGGAAACAUACAUAGAAGGAACCGGCAGCCCGAGUUACAAAGAGUUCAAAGAUGCAAAGAAGGAUGUAAGAAUGUUGAAGAACCAAUGUAAGAAAACGAGAAAAGGGAGACUUCCAGAUCCCGUUCAGCAUCAAAAGAAGCUGGAUAAUUUUGUCAUCGAGUAUACGAAACUUAAAGAAAUCAUAGGGUCACUUUGUGAAGGAUUCACGAAAUUGUGUGACCUUCAAAAUGCUACACAUUACAAAAAUGGGCUUGAUGGCAAAUCAGAUAUCAAAAGAAAGAUCCGAUAUCUUAAACGCAAGCUUAGAAAGCUAAAGACUGCAGUGGGUGCAGAAGAUCCUCAAGUUAGGGCCCAAGGUGAGAAAGGUGCAAAGUGGGACAGUUGGAUAGAGCAAUGUGAAGAUUGCAUUGCUAAGGCUAAUGCACUUACAGUUGGAAGAGGAAAGCGGAGUGCUCAAUUUAGGGUAAAGAGAGAUGACGAAGUGCCCGGUCCAAAUAACAUAAAGCAAACAAAGUUUCCACUUGUUUUCGGAGAUGAUUUAGUUGGCAGUAUGGACCAGAUUUUGAUCUGCUUGUUCAGGUAUCCGGAUUCGGACACCGAUGAUCUUCAGGAAAUGGGUAGAGUUAUUUAUUCACCUCCAAAUGAAUAAAACUACAUUACAUUGUGAGACUACGUUACAUUGUAACAUGUAAUACUUAAAAUAAACGCUGUUUAUUCUCAUUCUUGAUGAAUUGUAGAAUAUAACUGUUUCUUUAAACUGUGAAGCAGUCACUGACCGUCGGAUAUCUAUAUCAGGGAAAGGGGUCAUAAACAAAGGCUCUGCUAAGCUCAGUUAAAUAUACCUGUAUUAUGCCUAUAUAUUUCACGAACCGUUGCAUUUUCUAUGCCCUAUAUUCUACAGUUAAAAGUCUAACAUAACUUUAAUUUGAACUAAACCUUGUGGCAACAUUCCCUGGAUAUUCCAAAAUGAAAUAUAGCAUGAUGUUGUUCUCGUUCCUUGGAUCCUGUCAAAAGUUG